GAUCAGCUCCUGAUCACGCGUCCCUUCCCAUCCGAUUGGUCAGAGUAUUACACACCUUUACAUAUGAUUGGCUAAAGCGUGAUCCCUGCCCUCGCCGGGUAAAACGUAGUCUGAAUGGAGUUGGGACGAGAAAAUGCAACAUUUACCAGUUUCAUUUAGUUUCCGGCGUAAACUGGUGCUGAUAACUUCGCGGUUACAUUGUAGCUUGGAAAACUAUACAUUCAUGCGACAUCUGAUCAUAAAAAAGACCGAAGAUGCUUAAUUUCACAGCUUCGCCGUUCCAGCAGUCAGUUGAUCCAGAAGAAGCAAUGGAGUGUGUCACUAGGACUAGGCACAACAGUGAGUGCUCCUGGAGCAGCAUCACAGAGAAGGGGGACAUUGAGGCAGUCGAGGCCCUCAUGUCCAUGAGCUGCAGGUGGAAACCAGGCCCUAAGAGGUACUCGGAGCUCAGGCCCCUCACACCCUCUUCUGACAUGUCAGAGGAGAUGGAGGACACUCUGAUGCCUGGCCCAGAUGAUUUUCAUGCUUCGCCAUUUUGCAUGACACCACCCUACAGUCCUCCAAACUUUGAGAUGUCUCAGCAGUGUGUGCAGACAACACCAGCGCCACAGACAGUCCCAUCUAGAAUGCCUGAAUUAGGAAAGCCCAUUGCAGUCAAUGUGAAUUCAUCCCAGGGUGAAAGGCAUUCAGUGGAGACAUCAGCUGUGCCGGUUAAACAACAGAAGGCUCAGGCAACAAGUGUUAUUCGUCACACUGCAGACGCCUUUCCCUGCAGCCGCAGUUCCCUUCCAGUAAUGAUAGAGAACACUCUUGUAGAACAGACAGAUACGUACUGGGGUCCAUCCCAAAAGAGCAGCAGUAAAGAGAAAAAGAGACUGCCUUGUGCAUCAGUACUUCCAAUCAGAACAUUGCCAGCACACGGCAGUCAAAAUCCGGCAUUGCAGCAGCUUGUAUGUUCUUCUCCAGUUAUUACACCAUCUGCAAUGGCUGGGCCCCUAUCUGCAGCUAUGAGCUUGCCGCAGGGCUCUGUAAUAGUACCCUCGUCCUCAGUGAACCCUGUUGGAGUCUCUCCAAUGCCUGUCAUUUGCCAGAUGCUCCCUGUCCCCUCUACAGCCAAUCCCUUGGUCACUGCCAUCGUGGCUAACACUCCUGCCAGACAGCAGGCAGCCAUGUGCCAGCCCUUGAUGUUUAUGGGAACUGCGGUCCCGAAGGGUUCCAUCAUGUUUGUUGUCCCUCAUUCGGUGAUUCCCAAGCAGCUAACAACGACCCCCAACGGCACCAAGCUGUCCCCAAUCGCUCCUGCCCCAGGGUUCAGCAUCCCGGUGCAGAAGAUGACCCCCCAGACUGACCAGUCAAGGAUCCGCAGUCACAUCUGCAGCCAUCCUGGUUGUGGAAAGACCUACUUCAAGAGCUCCCACCUCAAGGCCCACAUGAGAACACACACAGGUGAAAAGCCCUUCAGCUGCAGCUGGGAGGGAUGCGACAGGAAGUUUGCCCGUUCAGAUGAACUGUCCCGGCACCGCCGGACUCACACGGGUGAGAAGAGGUUUGCCUGCCCAAUGUGCAACCGGCGCUUCAUGAGGAGUGACCACCUCACCAAACAUGCGCGUCGCCACUUGUCUGCCAAGAAACUACCCAACUGGCAAGUGGAAGUGAGCCGACUCAAUGACUUCAUUAUGUACCCUACAUCAGCACAGAUGCCAGAAACACACUGUGAUGUAAAGACUAACGCUUAGGUUCUGCAGUUCACUGUCGCCAGGCGCAGAACACAAAACAUCACCAGAAGAAAAAAAAAGACUACGUGUAGAGUUAUUUGCACUCUGAACUGGCAAUGUCUUAUAUUUGCACACAGAAGGAGAAGAGAAAUGCUCUGAAAAUCACUUUAUCCCUAAAAUCUAUAAGCUGUAAAAUAAAACUGUACAUUUACAAUGCUUUGUAAGUUUUUGUUUUCUUAUUGGUAUUUAUUUGUUAUUGAAAUAGUACAAAUCUUUGGCAGAAAUUAAAGUUUGCAAAGGGGAAGAGGACUAUAGCUGCCUAUGCUGAUUUUUGUAAAUUAUGACCAAAAUUAAUUUAAACUGCUUGCCAUAAAUGUGAUGGAAUGCCCUUUGGUUUUUAAUUGGGAAUCUGCUGCUGCAGGAUCAGUGUCAUCAUCCUUAGCGCCUUUUCAUUCACAGUGAAAUAUUGCACAGCCCUGCUUCUUUGCUGCUGUGUUUUCAUUUUAGGAAUGUAUUGUGGCUUAGAAUCCAAUUGUAACAUAUGUCGAUUUUGAUUCUAAAAGGUAUCAAACUGUUUAAACCUUGGUGUAUACAAAUAUGUGUCAGUAGCAAUAUUUCUCAUUAUACCUUUAAACGUUACCUAAACAGUGCUUGCAAUAAAUCCGGUGCUACACUCAUUAGGAUAAUGCAAUUGUGAAAUAAAUUGCACCCUUUUUGCAAUUUUGCAGAGGUUUCUCUUUUCAAACUUUAUAUUUCUUGUUUACAAAAUGAAUAAAAAAAUAAAUAAUUUUAUAUGAAAAUAAUUAUG